GGGCCUCAGCAACUCAAGGACUACUGGAUGGAUCUCGGCCAGAGAAAACUCAGAGAGAAACUGAACACCAAACCGAACACUAACGUCGCCAAGAACGUCAUCAUAUUUAUAGGAGACGGGCUGGGAGUGUCAACAGUGACAGCGGCUCGGAUCCACAAGGGACAGUUACAAGGCAAAACAGGGGAAGAGGGGAGUCUGUUUUUCGAGAAUUUCCCGUAUGUCGGGUUGUCUAAGACGUAUAACACGGACCGGAUGGUCAGCGAUUCUGCAGGAACAGCCACGGCCAUCUUGUGUGGCGUCAAGACCAAAUUUGGGCUGAUUGGUGUGGACGACCGCGCCUCGUUUGGUAACUGCACCUCAGAAGAGGGCGCCUCGGUAGAUUCCAUACUGAAAUGGGCAAACGCUGAAGGCAAGUCCACCGGUAUCAUCACCACGACUCGCAUAACGCACGCCACCCCCGCUUCGGGGUUCGCCCAUUCUGCUAGCAGAUACUGGGAAGCAGACGCAGAUCUUCCUGCUGACGCGCGCGGCACGUGCACCGACAUAGCAAAACAAAUGAUCGAAGGAGAUGGAAGUUUUAUCAAAGUAAGUUGGAGGCGCAGUUUAAACAAGGAAGGUUUUAUGAUGUUUUGA